ACUUCAUCGCCCGAGAAUUCCGCUUCGUCUCAGACCUCGCAAUGAGUGUGUGGGCUAUACGUGACCACUUGAGAGCCACGAGUACUUGGUUGUUGUCGCCGCGUCAGUUCGUGUGUCGCAGUUACGAAUAGAGUUGAACAUCAAAGGGGGCAAGGAUGCGUGGGAGAAGGACAGGCUGCGACUCGAGACGACACAUCGAUAUGAAACUCCUCAAGCUGGCGUUGCUUUCCCUGGUGGCAUUCUCGAAGCCAGUCCAAGCUCUUCAAUUCGACGAAACCAGUUCGCAGAUCUCGGCCGCAGGAAGCACACUGACACUAGCCAAUGGGACAACGCAAACCACGGCCCUCGUCACCACGACAGAUGCGACGACCUCGCAAUCCGGCAGAUCAUCUUCGUCCAUUGGAGCCAGCACUCCUUCCAUUGCUUCUACCCGAGCUUCGACGACAGUAGGUUUCAACGUUGCGGCCUCGGGCAAUCAAACUCGUACUGUGUUCACGUCGUCUUUACUGGCAACUCCCACGGGUAUCAGAUCUUUCUUUCCUAUCAGCAACGUUUCAAUAUCCGCGUCACCCAGCGGAAACUACACGAAUGGAAACUACAGCGAUGGUGGCGGGGAUUAUGUGUCUUUGACACUCAAGGGUGGUUACGAGCCAUCCGUUGUCUGCAUAACGACCACACAGGGUGCCGUACCGACAACUUGGUCAAUCGUAUACACGACAACGACGACAAUCUAUGGAGAUCCGACGGAUUACACUCCACCGGAACCUGACAUCACGAUCCCAGUCACAUGCAGUCCUCCUGCGGGCCUGGAAGGCAACAAGGGGAAGACAAAAGUGUCUGCGAGUGUAGCAUGUACCUCGGAGGAUGGUGUGGACAUCUGCAGGACCGAGGCGCCUGAACUCCCAACCUUCAGUUCAACACUUGGUCCAGAAACGACGUUCACUUUCGUCACCACAGCCAAGAAUCCUUCUGUCGUCUUCUCGCCUAUCAGCACACCCCGAUACGGCCACGAUCCUGAGACACAGGCCCCGCAAGAAAGGCGCUCAUCUACGAAACCCACGGGAAAGCCCACACCGAAACCGACGGCCUCGGUCCAGUCGCCGAACAACGAUCCAAGGCCACCCGGCUCGCCUGGCUCGCCACGUGAAAGUGCCAAGGUAUCGCCGAAAGCGACUUACAUGAUCACCGUAGCGCCGACCAAGAUCAUCAUCAACGACCAAACUUUUACGCAGAGCGACCCCUCAAAGACGACCAAAGUGACGGUGAACGGCGAUGAAUUCACUAUUAACCCGAGUGAGGUCAUUGGUGGUGGAACGAUCGUUGAUCGGCCCGGCAACGUCGGUCGAAGCACCAUGGUCCCAUCUAGAACGAUGGUGGGCGACUUGCCCAUUGUGAUUGCGCCUGCAGGAACGCAAAACGUUGUUGUCGUCGGUGGGACGACGUUUGGGGUCCAGGCUACCCCCAUAACGGCCGUGGUGGAAGGCCAGACGAUCACCAUUGAGCCGACCGCCGUCAUUGUCCCGGAUCAAAACGCUCCAAGCGGCGGUGCAGCUCCGGUAACGACGGUGGUGAAAGGGCAGACUAUCACACUUGUGCCAUCAGCGACCGGUGACCCCGGGGGAACUGCUGUUUCAUCCGGCCGCGCUGCUCCACUGACGACCGUGAUCGAUGGACAGAAGACGACAAUUCAGCCAUCCGCAGCGGCCGUCCCCAAACGAACCGUUUCGAUCAGCCGUGCGUCCCCGGUCCAAACGGAGAUCGUCGUGGCAGGCGGCGAGAUGAUUACUACCAUUGGCCCAUCCGUGGUUGUCAUUCGCUCGACCACAUUUACUUACGGACUAGUUUCAACAAUCAUUACAAAGGUUGUAGAUGACGAUACUAUUUCGAUUGGACCCUCAGGGGUCACUGUGCGCAACAUCACCGUGGGAGGGCCCGGGGCCAAGGCAACGGACACCACCUACGAGAUUGUAGGCGGUGCUUCAGUCACGCAAGUCGGGGCAUCGGUGGUGGUUGUAGACGGUACAAGCUUCACCGUCGGGCCAGGAAAGGCAACGACAACAGAGGUGUUUGGCGGCGAGACCAUUACGAUUGGUCCGUCUGGCGUGGUUGUUUCGACGAUUACUCUCCCGUACCCGUUUGGGCCGACGGUGAUUACGACAAUCGACGUGCCUUCGACGGCGGCGGCGCCGUCGCCGGUGCCGUCUGAGACGAAGAAGAAUGGUGGUGGUGCCGUCAGGCCGGCGAGGGCAUUGACAGGGUUGCAUUUAGAUCUUUGCAUAGCGAUCGGCGUCUGGGUUCUGGGGCACAUGUUUUGAGACACACCAGGGACAUGACAUGUGCAUGUGCACGUGCUGCUGGCGUUGAACGCGUUCUUCUUUGGGAUACAGUGCAAAACAGGGCACAAUAAGACAAGCGAGGGUUGUAUACAUAGAUUUGGGAAUGGGGCUCUGCAACCGCGGGAAGGGCUGAACAAUGACACCUCCAAGGGGAGGGAAGGAAUCAUGAUGGAUGGCGCGAUACGGCAGGGUCCGGCACAAGCGGAACCCGGGGUUCUGGUGCAGUGCGACUCUGUGGUCAACGACGCCGACGAAAACUGUAUUAUUAUAAACUUUGAAACUUUGAAAUGUAAACAUAAUCUAC